AUGGAAAGGCUGAACACCUUGACGAAGUGGGGUUUCUGCCUUCUUGUCAUCCAGAUUCUUCCCUCAUUGCCUUGGAGCAUUUUGUCCGUUCCUGCCUACAUACGCCAUGGGAAUCUCUUCAUGGUCCUUGUUGGCUUUCUGGGUGUGUGGUUUCAGGACCUGCGCCUGCUUGUACCGCACUUCAUCUACUUGGUCGUGGGCUUUCUCAACUUGGUAUCGCUCAUGGCCUUUGGCUCUUUCCUUGCCUUCGCCCUCGAUCCUGGCCAGCGUAGUGUGCUUCUUGGAUUCAUUGUCAUGGGCAUCACUCUGGCUCCAGGCUUCCUCCUCUGGAAGCAACUACUCCUCAUCCAGGGCAUCCACGGCAAGAGGAGACAAGAUCGCCCAUGA